AUGGCCACUGCCAAGAAAUACUUCGAUCAAGCUCGUGGACCGGCGGCAAGCCUGUACUUCGUGGUCCCGCUACUGCUGCUCUACAUGUUCGGAGUCUUCGUUCUUUCGGAUACCAGUUCAAACAACCUCACCGAGAUCUGGCCGCACCUGGUCUCCACGAACCUUGGCGUAGGGACCUGGCUUAUCCUGCCGGUGGUUACCGUCGCCGGGUUGCUGGUCUGGAGCCGCCGCUCAAAAGCCCGUUGGAACGUUCCGGCUUAUGUCGUCGUGGGCAUGUGGGCCGAAUGCGUGGCGAUGGCCGCCGUGUGGAUUGCCAUUGCCCACGGAUCGUUCGUCGAAAUUCCAGAUGUCACUGGCGGGGCGACCGAAAGCGCAAUCGCAAGUGCGGCGCCCAACACGUUGCGGCAAUGGAAGAUUGGCGUCGGCGUCGAAGAGCUACUCAUCGUGGUGCAAGAAGCCAUCAGCGACGAUGUCCUCUUUCGUCUGCUGAUGUUUCCUCUGUUCGCACUAACCCUCCGCUGGCUGGGCCAGUCGCGAACCGUCUCAGUCUUCGGUGCGGUCUUCGCUUCCACCGCAGUCGCUGUCGCGCUCAAUCACUUUGGCUGGCACGUGGGCGCCAGCAGCUCGUUUGAUUGGUUAGGCUGCGCGAUUCACACGGCCCUGCUCGGGGUGCUGUUCGCCUACCGUGGGUUCGGCGUAACGGUUGGAACGCACGUCAUCUACCUGAUGUGGGCCGGCCUCGUGCUAAGAAUACGUCUGGUGCUGUCCGUACGACCCAAAAUCAAGGAGCUGGUAUUUCAGCUCUACAGCCGACCGCUUCAUCCCGAGUUGUUCGCAGUUCACGAUUCGCGAACCGUUUCCCGCGGUGGUUACGAAGCCACGAUUCAAAUCACCAGUGCCGGCCACGUGGUGCAAUGGCGCUAUAAGGGAUUGACGCUCACCGAGGUGGCCACCUCCGCCCAUCAUCCGUUGCCGCAGAAGCGUCGCUUAAUGUCUUAUCGCCUGAGUGGCGAACGUAAGGACGCGAUUAAAUGCGCCGGCGGUGCGUCAUACCAGAUGAACUUCCAGCUUGAACCCGCCGAUCCUGAAGUGUUUUGGACCUUCCAGGAAGAACUGUGCAGUAACGAACAGAAAGGGAUGUUGCACCGCUUCGAUUCCAGCGGUCGCAUGGCGUUGGGGGCGCUCAGCUACAUCAACGUCGAAACACGUUCCCGCUGCCUCAUCGUUCAGGCGUUUCACACCUUCCCCGACGACUACGCCAUCGUGAAGAGCCAGUCGAUGUUCGAAGUGCCGUAA